ACUGUAAAUUUGUUCGAAUAUAUGUUCUCAUUUCUCCAGAUGCCAUUUCUCAAAAUUAUUUCGAAUUCCUACGGGUAAUUCCAUUGAUUCUAAGUGGAGGAGUGUUCUACUUCAUUGAACUUAUCGUUAAUUGGAUCUUUCAAAAGAAAACUUUUUAAUCUACUGUUUAAAAUUUUAAAAACUUUGGAGAAAAGACAAUGGCGUUAAGCCGAAACAUUUCAAUAUUUUUAGUGUAUCUCUCUGGUUUGUUAUGUGGCUUAAUAGUUUCUCGUCAAUUCUUUACCUCUCAUAGGAGUCUAACACAUAUAAGGUAUCCGCAAUCACAUAGUGAGAUAGACUCCAUUCCAAGCGACUCUCAUAUUCAUUUCGCUCAUGAUGAAUCAAUGCAUAACGAGGAUAGAAGAGCAGCCAACUACUUAUAUAAAAACGCGAGAGUGUUAUGCUGGAUAAUGACUGGAGCUGCUAAUCUAAGGACCAAAGCCAUUCAUGUAAAAGCCACAUGGGCAAAAAGGUGUAAUAAAGUUGUAUUUAUGAGUGAUAAAGAGGAUAAGGAGUUUCCUGCUAUUCACCUAAAUGUAGGUGAAGGACGUGAUCACCUAACAGCUAAAACUAUGCAAGCUUUUGAAUAUAUUUAUAAAAACCAUAGAGAUGAUGCUGAUUGGUUUCUUAAAGCUGACGAUGAUACAUAUGUUAUUUUGGAAAAUUUGAGGUUUUUACUUGGUGCUCACUCUCCUAGUGAUCCUGUUUAUUUUGGACAUCAUUUUAAAACUAUAGUUAGACAAGGAUAUCACAGUGGUGGUGCUGGAUAUGUAUUAAGCAAAGAAGCUUUAACUCGCUUUGCAAAUAGAAAAUCUGGAUUGUGUGCUAGUGAUCUAGGAGCUGAAGAUGUUGAAAUUGGAAAAUGUUUGCAGUACCUAGGGGUCAAGCCUGGAGAUUCGAGAGAUGCUUUGGGUAGAACAAGAUUUCAUUGCUUCAAUCCUGGCACACAUUUACAUGGAUCAUAUCCUGAUUGGUACUAUGAAUAUGAUAAAUACGGAGCUAAAAAAGGUAUGGAAAGUAUGAGUGACUUUCCAAUAACUUUUCACUAUGUUUCUACCAAUGAUAUGUACGAUUUGGAAUUCUUUAUCUAUCAUUUGAGAGCAUAUGGUAUUAUUGAGGGAAACCCACCAAUUGAAUUAACUUACCCACCAAAAAAUUCUGAAUAUAAAUUCAAACCAAGAGUUUGGCAUAUCCCACCUAAAGGUGAUGUAACAGAGAGCGAAAACAGCUCAACAACAAACGAAAGCCUCCUGAACGCUCAAGUUUCUCGUAAUUGAAUACUAUCAUAGAUAAAUUUAAAACAUUCCAUUACUGACGAAUAUUUUGAAAAGUAUUUGUUAGAUAAUAUAUAUUUUU